AGACAUGGACACCAAACAUUUCCUGCCGCUCGAUUUCUCCACCCAGGUGAACUCCUCCCUCACCUCCCCGACGGGGCGAGGCUCCAUGGCUGCGCCCUCGCUGCACCCGUCCCUGGGGCCUGGCAUCGGCUCCCCAGGGCAGCUGCACUCUCCCAUCAGCACCCUGAGCUCCCCCAUCAACGGCAUGGGCCCGCCCUUCUCGGUCAUCAGCUCCCCCAUGGGCCCCCAUUCCAUGUCGGUGCCCACCACGCCCACCCUGGGCUUCAGCACUGGCAGCCCCCAGCUCAGCUCACCCAUGAACCCCGUCAGCAGCAGCGAGGACAUCAAGCCCCCCCUGGGCCUCAAUGGCGUCCUCAAGGUCCCCGCCCACCCCUCAGGAAACAUGGCUUCCUUCACCAAGCACAUCUGCGCCAUCUGCGGGGACCGAUCCUCAGGCAAGCACUAUGGGGUGUACAGCUGCGAGGGGUGCAAGGGCUUCUUCAAGCGGACAGUGCGCAAGGACCUGACCUACACCUGCCGCGACAACAAGGACUGCCUGAUUGACAAGCGGCAGCGGAACCGGUGCCAGUACUGCCGCUACCAGAAGUGCCUGGCCAUGGGCAUGAAGCGGGAAGCCGUGCAGGAGGAGCGGCAGCGUGGCAAGGACCGGAACGAGAAUGAGGUGGAGUCGACCAGCAGCGCCAAUGAGGACAUGCCGGUUGAGAGGAUCCUGGAGGCUGAGCUGGCCGUGGAGCCCAAGACUGAGACCUACGUGGAGGCGAACAUGGGGCUGAACCCCAGCUCGCCGAAUGACCCGGUCACCAACAUUUGCCAAGCAGCCGACAAGCAGCUCUUCACGCUGGUGGAGUGGGCCAAGCGGAUCCCACACUUCUCAGAGCUGCCCCUGGACGACCAGGUCAUCCUGCUGCGGGCAGGUGAGUGGUGGGGCCUGGGCGGGGAUGGGGACGCCAUGUCCUGUGUGGUCUGGUUGCUAGAGCUGGGGCACCAGCGGGACCGGGGCAUGGGCUUGCAGGGAGGGUGA